AUGCGAAACCCAAACAAACACAAGAAACAAGAAACUGCUUUCCUGCACCAAAAGACAAACAGGUUCGAGGGACUGACCUGGCGCAGGUACCAGCGAGGCAGCCACUACUUCGCGAUCGGAAUGAAGCCAAAAGACGACCGCUCCCACUACCGUGCCGCGAAGGUGGCUUUCUGGAUGGAAUGGCUUCCCAGAAUAUCCGAACCCCGAAACUCAACCGGCGGCAUCCCGGGCGGUGAGGGCAGCUCGUUCGGUCCUUUCAGCUGCCCCACGGGGGAGUCAGUGGACAGUCGCGAUGAAUGGAAACCCCGGAAAGUCCCGUAUGACAUCUUCAGUAAGAAUAAACCUACAAAAAAGCCCCAUUCCAGGGAACUCAGUAUAACGAUCUCCGUUGGAAUAACGCUGUUGGUGGUCAACGUUGUGGUUUUUUCUAUGUGCUAUUAUCGGAGGGAUAAGAUGAAACUAUCGGCAGAGGACAAGCACACCAUGACCCUUCUGAAUGGCAGGAACCGCAGCCCGCCUGCAGUAGAAGUGGUAGAAGUUGGGUCGACAGAUGGGGCUUGCCCUACAAGCGACGCUGUACCGUCAAAGCUGUGCGAUGCUGUACCUUCAAAGCUGUGCGAUGCUGUACCGUCGGGACUCUGCGAUGCUGUACCGUCCAAGCUGUGCGACAGUCGGGUCUCUCGGAGAAGCCAAGACAGCGGUAUCAAGUCCCCGAUAAAUUCAACGGACAGCAUAGAUAUUGACACGCCCAGAAAGAAAUCGUUAUGCUUGGAGGACUGAUCUCCAUUCUUCAUGCGCCAAAAUGACACAUGAGUUGGCACUACAUCGAAGUCGUAACAGGCAAUCGUUUCCUAUGAUGAGAACUUUCUGUCUGUUAUAAAAACACGUUUCAUGUAUAUCACUUCAGUUGCAUUUGAACAGGCGCCCAGGAAAGCUCAGUAAAUCCACAGUGAAUCUUAUGAAAAUUGUUGGUCACAAUAACCGAUUACGUAUUAGGUCGCUUGUCUAGGUGACAGUCAGUCAUGCAGGCCGCCAUAUUGUUAAAUGUUGCCUCCGUGCAUUGCUAGUAAAGGCUCCGCAGUUUGCUCUCCACUCGGUCAAACAACAUUCUUGGACACAUGUAAUAGACGUAUUCCAGGAAACACCAUUUCAAAUUUCCUUAAAUUUCCUAUUUCCUACAAACCACAGUAUAUAAAAAAAACGGCUUACAAAAUACAGAAUAUUUGACCACCACUCCAUUCACAUGCAAGCUUGAAGAUUACAAAUCAUCAACGUGUAAAAUUGAGCUUUGCAAA